AUGGUGGAAGUAAUGCAAGAACUGAACACAUGGAUAGAUGAGAUUCCUCCCCUCGUUCAACCAUCUCGCUUUGGAAAUAAAGCGUUCCGUAUUUGGUUCGACCGUUUAUGCAAUAACUCCGCUUCUCUCGUCGAGAAGAUCGUCGGCGCCGAAAACUUCGAAAAAUGCAAAGAGCUCAGCGGAUAUCUCGAGGAUUCCUUCGGCAAUUCCCAGCGUGUCGACUACGGAACAGGCCACGAAACCACCUUCUUCGUCUUCCUCUGCUGCCUCUACAAGGCGCUCGUUCUCCAGCGCUCCGAACUCCCCGCCACCAUCCUCCUCGUUUUCCCCGCGUAUCUGAAAGUGUGUCGUCACCUCCAAACCGUCUAUUGGCUGGAACCCGCGGGAUCGCACGGCGUGUGGUGUCUGGACGACUACCAGUUGCUUCCGUUCGUGUUCGGCUCGGCGCAGCUGAUCGGGAACGAAUCGAUUGGGCCGAAAAGCAUUUUGAAUAAAGAAGUGGUGGACGCGAACUCGACGGAGUACAUGUAUCUGGAGGCCAUCAAGUUUAUUUGCAUUGUUCGCGUCGGGAAAGAGCUUUAUCGUAGACGAAAACGGGGCCGUUGCAGGGACACAGUCCCAUUUUGUAUCAGAUCGCGCAGAUGA